UCGAGUUUAACUUGCAGAAAACGAAAAUUACUAUAAAAAAAAGAAGAAAAGAAAAAGGCUCAAAAAGCUCCCAGUAGAAAACCCUAGGUUCUCUAAGCUGUGGAUCUCUUCAGAUCCCAUUCAAGUUUCAAUUAAAAUCUUCCCCGCUUGACAAAUCGAGUGUUUCUUCAGAAUGACUCAAGAUGUGGAGAUGAAAGAACAACCAGCUCCUUCGAAUUCUGUUCCAUCUAAUGUUCCCUCAACUUUGCAUCAUUUGAAAGAAAUAGCGGCUAUAGUUGAGACUGGCGCAUAUACUAAAGAGGUUCGAAGAAUCAAUAGAGCUGUUCGACUCACACUCGCAUUAAGGAAGAAACUGAAGACUUCAGUUGUCUCUUCGUUUCUCAAUUAUGCCCUUGCUUCAGGUUCAGAGGCACUCAUUCGGUUGCUUUCUUAUCUUCCAAAGGAAGAUGACCAUGACAUGGAAGUUGAUACUGCAACAUCUGCAACUCACACCCCUGCUAAACACUCUCCAGAACUUGAAAUUUACGCAUACCUGCUUGUUCUGAUAUUUCUGAUUGAUCAAAAGAAGUACCCUGAGGCUAAAGCUUGUGGGAAAGCAGGUAUUGCUCGCUCAAGGAAUAUGAACAAGAGAACCAUUGAUGUUCUAGCAUCGAGACUUUAUCACUUUUACUCUUACUGCUACGAGAUGACAGGUGAUCUUGUUGAAAUCAGAGGAGACCUCUUGAACUUGCAUCGGAUUGUCACUUUGCGUCGCGAUGAGCUUGGUCAGGAAACACUACUCAACUUGCUACUUCGCAAUUACCUCCAUUACAACUUGUAUGAUCAGGCAGAGAAGCUGAGGUCAAAGGCUCCCCGUUUUGAAGCUCACUCAAACCAGCAGUUCUGUCGAUACCUUUUCUACUUGGGAAAGAUUAGGACUAUUCAGUUGGAGUACACUGAUGCUAAAGAUAGCCUCCUGCAAGCUGCUCGUAAAGCUCCUGUUGGAGCCCUUGGCUUCAGAGUUCAAUGCAACAAGUGGGCCAUCAUAGUUCGAUUGUUGUUGGGAGAAAUACCAGAGAGAACUGUGUUCAUGCAGAAAGGCAUGAAAACAGUUUUGAGGCCAUACUUUGAGCUUACAAAUGCUGUUCGUAUUGGUGAUUUGGAGUUGUUUAGGAAUGUGGCGGACAAGUUUGCAAGUACUUUCAGCGCAGACAGGACUCACAAUCUGAUUGUAAGGUUGAGACAUAAUGUCAUCAGAACAGGGCUUCGCAACAUAAGCAUCUCUUAUUCCCGCAUUUCACUUGUUGAUGUGGCCCACAAGCUUAGGUUGGACUCACCAAACCCUGUAGCGGAUGCUGAGAGCAUUGUAGCCAAGGCAAUCCGAGAUGGUGCCAUCGAUGCAACUUUGGACCAUGCAAAUGGGUGGAUGGUAUCAAAGGAGACGGGGGAUGUUUACUCCACAAAUGAACCUCAAUCUGCUUUCAACUCGAGGAUUGCCUUCUGCCUCAACAUGCAUAAUGAGGCUGUGCGUGCUCUGCGAUUCCCUCCAAAUUCACAUAAGAAGGAAAAGGAAAGUGCAGAAAAAAGGAGGGAGAGACAACAACAGGAGCAGGAGCUUGCAAAGCAUAUUGCCGAGGAAGACGAUGACGAGUUCUAAGUUCCACCUGCCAGCUUGUCAAGUUGUUACCGAGACAGUACCAUCCCUUGUAUUUGUUUUUGUUCAGCUUUUCCUUGAAAUAUUUCAUCCCCAGGAGGGAUCCUAUAUUACUUUCUUAAUACUGUUACUCAGGAUAGAGUUUCUUUAACUUAUAUUUGUUCUCCAUCUUAUUUUUUGUUUUAUGAUUUCAAGAUCUGAAUCUAGAAUUGUUGUCUAUUAAGAGUUUUUCUUUUCUAA